CCGCGCGGGCUGGCAGGCAGAGCGCGGAGGGACGGGGAGGGCGCGCAGCGGCGGGGCUUCGCCGCGCACCGCACGGUUGUUGGUGGGCGCAGUAGAGCGGCUACAGCUGGGAGGAAAAGAUGUUUGGCUUUCACAAACCGAAGAUGUAUCGGAGUAUAGAGGGCUGCUGUAUUUGCAGAGCUAAGUCUUCCAGUUCUCGUUUCACUGACAGCAAACGUUAUGAAAAGGAUUUCCAGAAUUGUUUUGGGCUUCAUGAGGCCCGCUCAGGAGAUAUUUGCAAUGCCUGUGUCCUUUUGGUGAAAAGAUGGAAAAAAUUGCCAGCAGGAUCCAAAAAAAACUGGAAUCAUGUGGUAGAUGCCAGGGCUGGACCCAGUCUUAAAACAACAUUGAAACCAAAGAAAAUGAAAACUCUGUCUGGAAGCAGGAUAAAGAGCAAUCAAAUCAGCAAACUACAAAAGGAAUUCAAGCGGCACAACUCUGACGCCCACAGCACCACUUCGAGUGCUUCCCCAGCUCAGUCGCCCUGUUACAGUAACCAGUCUGACGAUGGCUCUGACACGGAGAUGAGCGCUGGGUCCAGCAGAACACCAGUUUUCUCCUUUUUAGAUCUCACUUACUGGAAAAGGCAAAAGGUCUGCUGUGGAAUUAUUUACAAAGGGCGUUUUGGGGAAGUCCUCAUAGACACUCAUCUCUUCAAACCUUGCUGUAGCAAUAAAAAGUCUGCCACUGAAAAGCCAGAACAAGAAGGACCACAAUCUCCAGCAAUCUCCACCCAAGAGGAGUGGUGACUUCCUUGGAUAGCUGCAGAAGGUUAUACAGAUCCUCUUAUUCUCUGGAAAAAUACUAGAAAAGUGAUUGUUCACUUUGGACACCUGCUAUGCUGCCAAAAGACUAUUCCCUAGAACUGUUUUGGGUUUUACUGCUACAAUUCCACAAACUCUGAAGCCAGUUUGUAUCCUUUCAGAAAGACUGUACAUAAUAUUUAAGAUGCUAUGGAACACUUGGCAAAGCUGUAUGCUGCUGCAAGGUUGUCUAAUCUUCUCUCCCUUUGCCCCUACCACCACUUGCUUCACAAGUGAAUAUGAGGAUGGGGUUUUGUAUAUUAAAGUAUAUGUAGUUCAUGUUUCUGUAUUGAAAGAAGCAGUGGUUGUAAGGCAUUUUUUUAAAAAGUUGGUUGGUAACCUCCCUUGAAUCCCCAAGAAAAUAUUUCAUUCUUAAGACAUGUAUGAGUCAAUAAGAUGAACUAAUACAUAGAAAUGUUAUAAGUCACCUCUCUAGUUAUUAUAUAAAAAUAUAUAUUUUUUAAAGGUGUGGAGAUCUCACCCUAUACUACUGACGUAACAAAGACAAAUAUUUCAUCCCUCCUAUGUGACACAGACUGGUAAACUGCAGACAUCUCUACUACGAGUGGUAG